CGCAGGUGCGGCGCCGCGGCUGCUGCGAGGCUCUAAUGGCGGCGGAAUGGAGAGCGGCGAGCCGGGCGCGGGCGGGCUCCUGCAGCAGAUCCUGAGCCUGCGUCUAGUACCGCGGGUGGGCAACGGCACCCUGUACGCCACCCCGCUGGUCAGCUUCCCAGAAAUGUGGUAUGGUGUAUUCCUGUGGGCACUGGUGUCCUCUCUCUCUUUCCACAUCCCUGCGGGAUUACUGGCGCUCUUCACACUCAGACGUCACAAAUAUGGUAGGUUCAUGUCCGUAAGCAUCCUGUUGAUGGGCAUCGUGGGACCAAUUUCUGCUGGAAUCUUAACAAGUGCAGCUAUUGCUGGAGUUUACAGAGCUGCCGCAAAACAAAUGAUCCCCUUCGAAGCACUUACUCUAGGUGUGGGGCAGACAUUCUGUGUGAUGGUGGUUUCCUUCUCACGGAUUUUAGCAACUCUAUAGCAUUCCAUCGGAGACUUGAGUCUGAAGGUCAAAUCGGGAGGGGAGAAGAUUUCGACUGCGUUGCAGAAGUAGUCCAUGAAUGUGGCAGUUUUUCAAUCUCUGGGCAGAAAACUGCAUGAGAUGAAGAUCCUGGACAUAUCUGGAAGGUGUUAUGCCUUUGGUUUUUAAAGGCCUGGUUCUGUCACUGGUUUGGUAGCAGAAUGAUUUAAACUAGGGAAGAGAUCUAAUCUGAGGGGUUAUGUGCUCCAAAUGAAGUUCCUCAACACAAAGGUGGUUUGUUUAUACAUGGCUUCUGUAAAAUACAAAAGGAGGCACAGUAAAAAGGCCUGUCUUGAUUUUCUUGUAGCACAGCUGUGUACACACUUUCCUGGAAAAUAAGGGGUAAAAUAUUUUACAGAUGCUACUGCAAGCGUUAUCAUCUUCAAACCAGAAUAUACUGUUUGAGCAGU